CAUAUACCGCCCCAGCGACUUUAAACUGGAGGGGCUCGUCUCACCGGCCACUGAACACCAUGACGGCAGGCGCGUAUCGCGAGCGCCGUCCUGCAGCGCCAACGUCCUCAGCAGCCCCGCGUCGGGCGCAGACGAGCCAGCGCCCUCAACAAGCCAAGCGGUCUUAGAGGACGACCAGAGAACGGCACCCACAAUACAAAACGCUGUCUUUGAUGGCAGGAGUUUUGUGCGGGCAGCGUUACUGAGAAGAGGAGCACCUACCGAGGCCUUAGAAAUAUUGUUAGAUUCUCUAUCAGCAAAUACUUAUAAACAGUACCAAUCAGCCUUAAAAGAGUGGAAUCUAUUUUGUAUAAAAAACAGUUAUGAUUGUUACAAUACAUCAAUUAAGAUAAUUUUAAGAUUUCUUGCAAUUAUUUGUAAUAGAGGUGCAAAAUAUGGAACCUUAAAUUGCUAUAGGUCAGCUUUGGUUUUGAUUUUAGGGAAACAGAUGGACGAUGAAUUAAUAUCUCGUUUUCUAAAAGGGGUAUAUAGACGUACACCUGCUCUGCCUAGAUAUGAUUAUACCUGGAACCCAUCUAUUGUUCUGGACAAACUAAGUAGUUUAUAUCCAAAUGAAGAAAUAACUUUUGAAUUAAUUUCGAAAAAGUUGAUUACAUUGCUAGCAUUAGUAACUGCUCACCGCGUUCAGACACUGUCUCUUAUUAAAUUACCCAAUAUCGAAAUAAAUAAUACAAGAAUCUUAAUUAAGAUACCAGACAUGAUCAAAACCUCAGGAGUAAAUCGAUCUCAACCUCUAUUAAUACUUCCAUUUUUUGAUGAAAAGCCUGAAAUUUGUCCAGCAAAAACACUUGUAUCAUAUUUAAAUAGAACUGAAUCAUUGAGGCCGAUUAAUGUAAAUCAUUUAUUUAUUAGUUUUAAAAGACCGUAUUCUAGAGUGUCUUCUCAGACUUUGAGCAAAUGGAUAAAGUGUACGCUGGAAUUCAGCGGAGUGGACACUACAAUAUUCAGUGGCCAUAGUACGCGGCACGCCGCCACGUCGGCAGCGAGCCGUCGUGGAGUCAGCUUGCAACUGAUCCGUAAGACCGCAGGCUGGUCUGCCACUUCUCGCGUUUUUGCUGAUUUUUAUAACAGGCCUGUUGUUGAGGACUCUCUAGAAGACGGUUUUGCUAGAGCUAUUAUUGAGAGCUAA